AUGAGUAGCCAAUUUACACCAUCCGAUAAUAUACCUGAUACACCAGGUCGUUAUUUUAGUAGACGUUCUGAACUUCUUUCCUCUCAACUCGAACCUGGAUCACCUUCUCGUGCAAGAUAUAGACGAUCAGAGCUCUCCUCUACUCUUUUAGGGGAUGCCGCUACAUCACCUUUAGUCUAUCCCUCAACACCCACCCGUAGUUAUGAUUCACCACGUACACCACGCACAGGGAAUACAACCUUUAUUCGUACACCUUAUAUUCCUCAAACACCCAGUAUUAUGGGCGCUGAAAUGUCAAGUGCACUUAACGUUGAUACACAAGAGUCAGACCCCUCUCUUGCUGUUCGUCUUGUUUGGGGUACAACCGUAAAUGUCUAUGAAGUUAUUUCAACCUUCCGUAACUUUUUGAAUAACUUUACCUUGGCUCAUCGUAAACGUCGCAUGAACGAGAUGAUCACUGAAACUGAUAAACAACCUUUUUAUCCUCAAUUAUUGACACAUAUCUAUGAGACAAAUGCAACAAGUGUCAACUUGGAUUGUCGAAAUUUAAAAGCUUAUCCCGAGUCUCACAAGUUGUAUGAUCAACUUGUAAAAUAUCCUCAAGAAAUCAUUUCAUUAUUAGACCAUACAAUUACUGAAUUUUAUGUGCGACUAUUUCCCAAUCUAGAUGUGAAUGGUAUUAGCUUAAAGAUUCGUCCUUAUAAUUUAGCAGAGUCAGUUAAUAUGAGAGAAUUGGACCCUCAAAAUGUGGAUCAAUUAAUUACAAUCAAGGGUUUAAUGAUUCGUGCUUCACCCAUUAUUCCAGAUAUGAAAGAAGCCUUUUUCCGUUGUUUAGUAUGUGACUAUACAGUGACAGUAGGUGUUGAUCGUGGUAGAAUCAUAGAGCCUACUCGAUGUGGACGAGAAGCAUGUAAUUCAGAGAAUUGUAUGACCCUGGUUCAUAACCGUUGUGUCUUUAGCGACAAACAGGUAGCCAGAAUUCAAGAAACACCUGAUACAGUUCCUGAUGGACAAACACCUCAAACAGUCACCUUAUGUCUGUAUGAUGAUUUAGUAGAUGUCGCGAAACCAGGUGAUCGUUUAGAAGUGACAGGUGUUUUUAGAAGUGUUCCUGUUAGAGUGAAUCCUAAGCAAAGAACCAUUCGUGCUCUCUUUAGAACUUAUCUAGAUGUGGUUCAUAUCAAACGUACAGAUAAAAAACGUAUGCAAGUGGAUAAUACAGUUAGAUCUGAAUUCGGACCUGAAGCUUAUGAAGAAAGUGAUGAAAUUCAAGUAGUUACAACAUCGGAUGAAGAACAGAUUUUAGCAUUAAAACAACGUCCCAAUUUGUAUGAAACCUUGGCACGUUCAUUAGCACCUAGUAUUUAUGAAUUAGAGGAUGUUAAAAAGGGCGUUCUACUACAGUUAUUUGGGGGUACACACAAGACAUUUAAAAAGUCAGGAGCACCUCGAUUUAGAGGAGAUAUCAAUGUCUUGCUUGUAGGUGAUCCAGGUACGAGUAAAUCUCAACUUCUCCAGUAUGUUCAUAAAAUUGCACCACGUGGUGUUUAUACAUCUGGUAAAGGCUCUUCAGCUGUUGGUUUAACUGCUUAUAUCACUCGAGACCCAGAUUCACGUCAAUUGGUCUUGGAAAGUGGUGCGCUUGUAUUGAGUGAUGGUGGUAUCUGUUGUAUUGAUGAAUUCGAUAAAAUGUCAGAUGCUACACGAUCUGUUCUUCAUGAAGUGAUGGAACAACAGACGAUAUCAGUUGCAAAGGCAGGUAUUAUCACCACACUCAACGCGAGAACCUCCAUCUGUGCAUCUGCUAAUCCUAUUGGAUCACGAUGGAACAAACACUUGUCUGUGCCUGCCAAUCUCGAUUUACCACCCCCUCUUUUGUCUAGAUUUGAUUUACUCUAUCUGAUUUUGGAUCGAGUGGAUGAAGAUUCAGAUCGUCGACUUGCUAAACAUUUAGUUUCACUUUAUAUGGAAGAUAAUCCAUUAACAGCAGGACAAGAUAUUAUUCAUAUUGAACUUUUAACAAAAUACAUUAAUUAUGCACGACAAAAGGUUCAUCCGAUCUUGAGUGAAGAAGCGGGCAAUCGACUUGUGGAUCAUUAUGUUGAAUUACGUAAGCAAGGACAAGAUAGAGGAGGAUUUGAAAAGCGUGUGACAGCGACAACACGUCAAUUAGAAUCGAUGAUUCGAAUGUCAGAGGCCCAUGCACGUAUGAGAAUGUCAGCUACGGUUGAAGUAGAGGAUGUAGAAGAAGCCUCACGUCUUUUACGUGAAGCCAUUAAAGAUUAUGCUACCGAUCCCAAGACAGGACGUAUUGAUAUGGAUCUUAUCUUAUCUGGUACUGCCUCUCAUGAGCGUCAUCUUCAAAAUAGUAUGAAGGAAGCCUUACUUUCUAAAUUGUCCUCUUAUACAACAAGUCGUAUUGACUAUAAUCGAUUAUUUAGAGAAUUUAACGAACAAAGUCAAGUGGUAAGUUGA